AUGGCCCAGGAGAUCUCCUCCAACUUCUAUGAAUCUCUGGCUAUCCCAAAGGAAUUCCAGCCUGUGAAGGCCAGAGAUGCAGGAGGGGAAACGGAGGCCAGAAGUCAAGAGGCAGGAAAUCGGCAGAAGAAACACAAGAAGCCAGCUGUAACAAAGCCUGGUGUGGAAAAACAGGUGUCGGGAAAUCAAAAGAGAACGAAAACAGAGGAGAAACCAUAUAAAUGCAUGGAAUGUGGAAAGGGCUUCAGCAAGAAAGCAGGUCUGCGUGUACAUCAAAAAAUACACACAGGAGAGAAGCCAUACAAAUGCAUGGAAUGUGGAAAGAGCUUUAGUAACGGGAGACACCUUUGUAUACACCAAAGAACACACACAGGGGAGAAACCAUACAAAUGCAUGGAAUGUGGAAAGGCCUUCAGUCAGAACGGAAAUCUACUUAAACAUCAAAGAACACACACAGGAGAGAAGCCAUACGAAUGCAUGGAAUGUGGAAGGAGCUUCAGUUACAAUGAGACUCUACGUUCCCAUCAAAGAACCCAUACAGGAGAGAAACCCUAUGAAUGCAUGGAAUGUGGAAAGAGCUUCAGUCAGAACGGAAGUCUACUUCGACAUCAAAGAACACACACAGGAGAGAAGCCACACGAAUGCAUGGAAUGUGGAAGGAGCUUUGGUAAUGGGGCACAACUUUGUAAACAUCGAAGAACACACACAAGGGAGAAACCCUUUGAAUGCAUGGAAUGUGGAAAGGGCUUCAGCCAGAAACGAAAUCUACAGGUGCAUCAAAGAAUACACACAGGAGAGAAGCCAUACAGAUGUAUGGAAUGCGAAAAGAGCUUCAGCGAUGGUGGAUCAUAUAAGAAACAUCUAAAGGCUCACACAGGAGAAAAACCAUAUAAAUGUAUAGAAUGUGGAAAGAGCUUUGGUGACCGUACACAACUUUGUACACAUCAAAGAACACACACAGGGGAGAAACCAUACAAAUGCAUGGAAUGUGGAAAGAGCUUCACUCAGAAAGCAGGUCUACAGGUACAUCAAAGAACACACACAGGAGAGAAGCCAUAUGAAUGCAUGGAAUGUGGAAGGAGCUUCAGUUGCAGCGGAAGUCUACGUUUGCACCAAAGAACCCACACAGGAGAGAAACCCUAUGAAUGCAUGGAAUGUGGAAAGGGCUUCAGUCAGAAAGCAGGUCUACGGGUACAUCAAAGAAUACACACAGGAGAGAAGCCAUACGAAUGCAUGGAAUGCGGAAAGAGCUUCAGCGAUAGUGGAUCAUAUAAGAGACAUCUCAAGGUUCACACAGGAGAAGCCCUUUGA